CCUCGAUCUCGAUUUUCAGAAAACAGGAUGAUCCAGUAUCUUCUUCUUCUUCUUCUUCUUCUUCUUGCUGUUCUAUUUUUCUUACACCAAUUAUCCUGCGGACCGUUGAAGCAUCUUCCACCAGGUCCGAAUCCAUGGCAGGUUUUGAAAACCCUACACCAAUUCAAAGACAAGCCUCACGUCGCUCUUUACAGCCUGGCCAAAACCUACGGCCCGCUAAUCUCCCUCAGGCUCGGGGGACAGCUGAUCGUCGUUGCUUCCUCGUCCGCAAUUGCUAAGGAGGUCCUAAAAAUCCACGACAGACCUCUGUCGGGAAGGUAUCUUCCAUCGGCGUGCUACCAGGUUCCAGGAGCUCUCUCAUCUCUUACCAUGUCCAGAGAAUGCAACGACGCCUGGAAAUUCCUACGCGCCGCCAGCCACCAGAGCAUCUUCUCGUCCAAAGCCGUCGACUCCGCCGCCAUGGCCGGCGUCAGGAAGGAAAGAGUCGAAGCAAUGGUGGCGCAUUUGGCCGGAAAAUUGGGGGAGGUCGUGAAACUCGAGGAGGUCGUGAGCAUGACAGUUUGUAAUAUUCUUACGACUGUUUUGGCAUCGACGGAUUUGAUGAAUGUGAAUGAUGAGGAUAAAAUUAGGGUUUUGGUGGAUGAAAUCGUGGAGAUGGCGAGUGCUCCCGGACUCUCCGAUUUGGUCCCGGCCCUCAAAAGCGUCGAUUUCUGGAGUAAAGCUAAUGGCGUGAAGAUGCAAGGGAAGAUGAGGCGUGUGUGGCAAGAUGUUGUCGGUGAAAGAAGACGACGUCCACGUAGCGGCGUCGUUUUGGAUUUCUUGGACGUUCUUGUCCAGAAUGACUUUCUUGAUGACCAGAUCAGUAUCAUAUUAACGGAGCUGCUGAUUGCUGGAACAGACUCGACUAUUAUUACAGUAACAUGGCUGAUAGUGGAGCUAAUCAGAAACCCACAGAUUCUCUCAAAAGUCCGUCUCGAAAUCGCAGAAUCAGCCAUUGAAGAAGAUGGAAGCUGCAAUGGAUCCAUAACGUUCGAUGAGUCGAGGUUAUCCAACUGCGAAUAUUUCCAGGCCUGUAUAAAGGAGACGUUGAGGCUGCACAUUCCAGGCCCGUUUCUGGUGCCACAUCGGGCCAUAGAAGCCUGUCGGGUGAGGAACUACAUCGUCCCUAAGGACAGCAUCGUACUUGUCAACGCCUGGGCGAUUCACCUGGAUCCUGAGACCUGGAAAGAUGCCUCCAGCUUCAGGCCCGACAGGUUCCUCCUACAUUCGGACAAGAUCGAUUUCGUCGGGCCUGAUCUCGAGUUCUUGCCAUUCGGAGCUGGAAGAAGAAUGUGCCCUGGAUAUCAUUUGGGGUUCAGAAAUGUACAGCUGGUGGUGGCAUCUCUGAUUCAUUGUUUCGAUUGGAGCCUGCCUGGUGGAGAAAACCCUAAAAAUCUUGACAUUGCAGAUAAGUUUGUGACAACUUUAAAGAGGGAGAAACCUCUGUACUUGAUUCCUAGAAUAAGGGAGAACUACGCUGUGUGAAUUGAACAUUUCACGUUUGUAAUAUUGGAAAUGAUUAAUCAAACUAAAUGUACGAAAAAAUUGCAGCAAUAUGAA